AUGUUAGGGAGGCAAUCACUUCUAGCUUCUUUGUCACUGCUUGCCAUGUUGCUCUUAGUAUUCUUAAUCCUGUUUAGCACAAACUCAAAUUCUCCGCUUAGAACCCCAAACGAUGAAAUCGCCGCCAUUAAUAACCUCGUGCCUGCAGAUUCCCAUGCAAGAUUCACUCUCCUGAUCGGGAUCUUCACGCGGCCGGAAAAGUACGAGCGCCGCCAUUUCCUCCGCCUCAUCUACGGCGUCCAGUCCACCUCCCUCGCGCGCGUCGACGUGAAGUUCAUACUCUGCAACCUCUCCGGCGAGGAGCAGCGGGCGUUCGUGGCCCUCGAAAUCCUGCGCUUCCGCGACGUCGUCAUCCUUAAUUGCACCGAGAACAUGAACAGCGGCAAGACGCACACGUAUUUCUCGUCCCUGCCGGGAAUCCUGCCGUUUCGCUACGAUUACGUCAUGAAGGCCGACGAUGACGUGUUCCUGCGCCUGGCGCCGCUGGCGGCGUCUCUGGAGGGACUGCCGCGGCGGGAUUUGUACUACGGUUUCGUGAUUCCGUGUCCGAGCAUGAACCCGUUCGUGAGUUACAUGUCGGGGAUGGGGUUUGUGCUGUCGUGGGAUCUGGUGGAGUGGAUCGGACGGUCGAGAAUUGCGGCGAAUAAUACGUACGGGCCGGAGGAUAAACUGGUGGGGCAAUGGUUGGAUAUGGGGAAGAAGGCGAAGAACCGGUUCAAUAAUAAGCCGGCGAUGUAUGAUUAUCCGGGGACUAAUGGGAGGUGCUCGCACGAGCUGAUUCCGGAGACGAUUGCGGUUCACCGGCUCAAGAAGUGGGAGCAAUGGGUGCAUGUGUUGAAGUUUUUUAAUGUCACUGCAGGGCUUGAACACUCGAAUAUGUACCAUUUCUGA